AUGCGCAUCUCGAGCUACGACGCGCCCUUCUCCGCCGACGACGUGGACCUGCUCCAUGCACAGGGUGAGGCGGCCAUGGAGGACCUCUUGCGCUACGACCUCUUUAAGGCCCACGCCUACGCGCGCCUCGGCGAGAAGGACAACGUGGCCAUGUUCGAGGUCGACGACGACCAGCUCUACACGGUCAAGGGCUCCGUAACCAUCUACACACACCUCGCCGAGGUCCUCGACCUCCUCAACACGCGCCCGCCCGACUACUCGUACGUGCUCUCGCGGCUCCUCGGCGGCCUCCACGCCAUCAACCGCAUUCUGCAUCCCAAGACGACGACGGACGCCAAAGGCCGCGGCGCCAUGCUGCCGAGCGACGACGAAGACGCGAUGCUCGUGACGUGGCUCGCCGUGAACGCAGCGACCGAGGCGGCGUCGGCCAAAACGGUGCCGGCCGUCUCGCGCGAAUUCUGCUUCCUCCGCUACUCGGGGUAUUUCAACCACAGUGAAGCCGGCGUCCGGCGCGUGCUGCCGGACGAGCCGCUCUCGCCGACGUCGAUGGCGGUCUCGGUCUGGGACUCGAUCGACUUCCAGCCCGUCUACAUCAACGCGUCGAUCGGGCGACUCGUGCGCUCGGGCUUUCUCCUCACGCACACGUCAACGCCCAACGCGGUCCAGGUCCAUUUUCUGCUCUCGUCCGUCGGCGCGCAUGACAAGACGCUCCUCCAGCGCAUCGUCCGGUCGACGCUGCUCAACUUGGCCCCGACGAUCAUGGAGCUGCGGCUCUUCAAAGACCAGCUGCUGCUCAAGAGCGCCUGGGGCGAUGGCAGCAUGUGCACCAUCUGCCUCAAAGCCUUCACGUUCCUCCGCCGCAAGCACCACUGCCGGCUCUGCGGCGACGUCUUCUGCGCCACGUGCUCGAUCGGCCGGAGCCGUCCCGAAAUGGGCGACAGCGUCCGAGUCUGCGCCUCGUGCAUCGAAGGCAACCCAUCGAGUAUGAUGCGCGCCUCCGACAAGCUCUUCUCGAUCGCGCAUCGCUUCUCGAUCCUCGCGCCGCCACGUCGCAAGUUUGCAGCCCCCUGGCCGCCGCGCGACGAGCCCCCCGCGACGACCAAGCCGUUUGACAUUCCAUCCAGUAGUAGCCACCAGCAAGGGCCUCAAUGUGACCGCGAGUGGGUGUCGCAGCCUGGACGCCGGACGGACCGCCCACUGCCAGUCCGGGCCACCGACGUGUUCCGGAAGCAGUCGUUGCCGGAAGGCCGCAAGCACUCGGUGUCGGCCAAGGACAUCCACAUCGGGUCGGCGCCACCGGUUGGGAUUGACCCUGUGUUUGAGAAGCGGUUUGAGAAGGGUGUGCACCCGCGCACCCACUCGGCGCGCCCAGUGUUCUUAUCCCACGACGUCUCGUCCGAGGGCACAUCGACGACGCCGCACUCGCCGUGGCUCCACGACCGGCGAUCGUCGCCGCAGGACCGGCGGUCGUCGCCCCACUACAUGAGCUACAGCCUCCCGCCCGAGUCGCGCUGGAUGCCACCGACGUCGACACCCACGGAGAGCACGCCCACGUGGCUACAUCCCGAGGCAAAUCACACUGUCCCGAGCCCAUGGACCGACGACGGGUACAUCUACGAGAGCACGGGGUUUGACUACCCGCUCAACUUUCGCAAUGGCAACCCGUGGCCGGACGCGCCAUUGACGGCGACCGAAGCGCAGCGCCUGGAGAAAGCGACCGCGCUCGACCUGCUCCGGCGCCGCGACGACAUGGCGCUCUACCUCAAGAUCGCGUGCAAGACGGCGCAGUGCCCGAUUGGCACGCUCUGUGUCGUCGGCGGGUCGGCCGGCCUCCUCCUCGCCAAGAUCGGCGGCGUCUCAAUGGACACGCUGCCGCGCCACAUCAUGCUCGAGUCCCACGCGAUCAUGUCGUCCGCCCCCACGAUCGUGCUCGACUGCAAGGAGGACCUCCGCUUCGCCUUGAACCCGCUCGUCAACGCCAGCGACGACGUGGGCGUCCGCUUCUACCUCGGGAUUCCGCUGACAACGUCCGACGACGUCGUGCUCGGCGUUCUCUCGCUCGUCGACACCAAGCCCCGGGACCGCGUCCGGAAGGCCGACAUCAAGAGCUUGGUCCAAGUCGCCGACACGAUCAUGGCGCGCAUUCAGGACACGGUCGGGCGCCAGCCCGAGCCGACGCCGGUCGACUUGGACAUUGACUAG